GAAUGAAAUUCAAGCCCGCUCUGCCUUCUCAGCAAAGCUUACAAACCUUCCUCAAAAUAUGGUUGCAGCUUCCGCAUGGAUAAUCCCAGAGCUCGUUCGAACUAUAAUUAUUUGCAAUAC